AUGGCGAGAAAGAUUUCAGCGUCAGAACUGUUGCUGCACGAUAAAGCGGAUGACAUAUGGAUUGUGGUUAAUGGCUAUGUUUAUGACAUGUCAAGUUUUGCCGAUGAGCACCCUGGAGGGCCAGACAUUAUUCAUAGCUAUGCAGGGAAGGAUGCUUCACAGGCCUAUAACGAGGUUCACGCAGCAAGUCUCAUCAAGAAAACGCUAGAUUCAGAUUUCCAUUUGGGAGUUCUUGAUAUUACAAGUGUCCGAGAUGAAAUUACUCAAGCCGUGGAACGUUCCUCAGAUGGUGCUGACCUCAGUGGAGAUUCUACACUGGACUCGGUCAUCAAUCUCUACGACUUUGAGCAAUUUGCUCAAAGAUCACUUGCUGCAAAACCAUGGGCCAUCAUCAGCGGUGGCUCAAAUGACAACAUCACCCGUGACGCCAACCUGUCUAUGCUUCGAAAGAUCUGGCUUCGCCCGGCCAUAUUGCGAAAUGUUGGAAAGGUAUCUACGCGGACUCGGCUAUUUGGUUGCGACCUGACUCUGCCUAUAUACAUUGCGCCAAUGGGUGGUGCCAAAGCCGGAGGUCCUGAAGGGGAACUGGCAAUGGCAAAAGGGGCAUCUACUUCCAACAUUAUCCACUGCAUAUCCACUCCUUCUUCUUUCCCUCACGAUGAGAUCCUCGAAGUCACGCCGAAGCAUGCUUUCUUCCAGGUUUAUGUCAACAAAGAUCGGCAGAAAACGAAAGCAGCAAUUCAGGAUAUGGCAAAUUCUGGGAAGGUCAAGGCAAUAUUCGUGACUGUCGAUCUGCCCGUGAUAUCCAAGCGCGAGGCUGACGAACGAAUCACGCCAGACACCCCUGGUGGGAAAAAAGACAGGAAGGGAGGUGGCUUUGCACGGCAGGCUAGCUCUUGGAUUGACUCAAGCUUUACAUGGGACGAUUUGCGCUGGAUGCGAGGUCUGACAGAUCUCCCUAUCGUGGUCAAAGGCAUACAGCGAGCUCAAGAUGCUGUCAUUGCGAUGAAUCUAGGCUGUGACGGAAUUGUCCUGACCAAUCACGGCGGACGAGCAGCUGAUACUGCACCACCUGGGAUUCUUACAUUACUUGAACUCCAUAAAAAUUGCCCGGAAGUAUUUGGACGAAUGGAAAUAAUUGUUGAUGGCGGCUUCCGGAGAGGCUCCGACGUCGUCAAAGCUAUUUGUUUGGGGGCUUCGGCAGUCGGCAUUGGUAGGCCUUUCAUGUACGCAAUCAGAUAUGGCUCUGAGGGCAUCGAUCACGCUGUUGAGAGUAAGACUCCCUGGACUAAUUUUAUCGCUGAUGUGGAGCUAACAGAAGAUACAGUUAUCAAAGAUGAGGUCGAAACGGCGAUGCGAUUAUGUGGAAUGACAGAUCUAAUGAGGGACGCUCAUCCGGACUAUGUGAAUACUGCGGAAAUCGAUCAUCUGGUACCAAGUCUAAAACACCCUUAUGCCCGCAAGACUGUAAAGCGAGACUCGAAAUUGUAG